AUGACGAUCCUCCUUCACGACGUGGCUCACAUUCUUGGGCUUGCGGUUGAGGGAGAGGCGAUAGUAGUGGAUACGAGGCAGUUGGAGAAGUGGUCACUAGAGGCUGACACCCGAGCACUAAUGGGAUUAGAUCAUGACGAUCCCAGUCUGUCUACGUGGUACAGAGGAUAUGGUUUGUUGGGUGUGGCAGCUUUGACUCAUUUGAAGGAGUCUGGUCCGCCAGCUAGAGAGGCUCAGUGUUACCUUCUUUUGCUGCUUGGGUCCACACUGUUCGUAGAUAGAUGUUGGAUUUACGACCACUUUCCUACCUUGAGGCCUAGUCGGCUGGAGCCACGAGAGUUGGAGCAGGGGCAUGCAGGAGCAUUCAGGUGGCGCGGUAUCUCACCCCAGUCGACGAAGAAGAGGGAUGCACAGAUGCUGGCUUAUUAUCGACAGGAGAUUGAUAGUUUGACCCCACAGGCGGUUAGUUGGACUCCAUAUGGUCAGAGUCCUCAUCUGACGGUGAGAUGUACCUUGUAUCAGGACCUGCUCAGAUUUGCAGAGAUAGUAGAGCCAUAUGAGCCCACUAGGUGCCUCCGACAGUUAGGCUACGUGCAGAGUGUACCGUAGCCCCCGGAGCGUCUGCUUGUUGUACGUCGACCUGCUUCCACGCUUGGAUACUCUCUUAGCUACCAGUCUGUUUAUGACUCGUGGUGGAACAACUUGGGGUGCAUAGUGUGCAUCUGGACCUUUAUUCUACUCCGGUACGACGUAGGCCAUGAGAGUUUGCUGAGGAUUACAUGGGGUGGUACAUUAGGCACUCGCACCCACAGAUACUGAGUGACAGCCGACCUCGUCGCGACAUCGUGGAUGGUGAUACGUUGUCACGCGAGAUGUGGAUUGAGAUAUCUCUCGUGAUAGAUGCUGCACAGGGUAGUAGGGAGGAGUGGAUGGCUAGGUCCAACGAGUACUACGACUUAUGUCAUGGAGUUGGGAACAUGUGGCCCGAGUUUAGGAGGAAGUCAGGUUUUCUACCACCUCCACAGUAGUUGUAUGAUUGUUAUGUAUGAGUGUUAUUUGUUGUUUUUAGACGAGUGGACUUAUGUUAUUCUGUUGUUCUACUACGACUUAUGUUAUGUGGUGUUCAGUUGC